UCCUCUCUCUCGUCUAGUGUUCUGUUUAAUGAACUUCUUUUUUUCUUUUAUUUCAUCGUGUUCUUCUCUCUUCACUAGUAUAACUUGAAGAAAAAGUGUUGUUUUUGUUCUGUUUUUGGUUAGUCAACCAUGAGCCAAGCGGAGGAGAGGUGCUCGCGAAGGGACUCAAUGUUCUCCGGAUUUGUACUCGAUCCAGAGAAAUGCAACCGACUUACCUUGGGAGAGAAAAGAGAACUGGUAUAUGAGAUUGCCCAAUGGUCCAAAAAUGCCACAGAUAUUCUUAGUUCAUUUAGCCGCAGAGAGCUUCUUGAAAUCAUCUGUGCAGAGAUGGGUAAGGAAAGAAAGUACAGUGGCUAUACUAAAUUUCGAAUGAUAGAGCACCUUCUGAAGUUAGUUUCUCAGAAGUCCCUGAGGAAUAACACAGAUAACAUUUCUACCUCUUGCAUCAAAACUGAAGCUGGUUUUAAGAGGAAACGGGAGGAAAUAUCAUUGACUAAACAAUUAAACAACCUAAACCAGGUUUCUCUUGAGAAUGGUAAAGCAAAAAAUGUUAAAAAUAAAGUAUGUCAGAAUGUUGCCUGCAGAGCAGCAUUGAGUUUGAAUGAUGUGUUCUGCCAAAGAUGCUCUUGUUGUAUUUGUCAUCAGUAUGAUGAUAACAAGGAUCCUAGCUUGUGGUUGACCUGUGGCUCCAAUUCUUGUAAUGAUAACAACUCAUGUGGAAUGUCAUGCCAUUUGGAAUGUGCUUUGGAGGAUGAAAGAGCAGGCAUUAAGAUUGGUUGUCCCACGAAGUUGGAUGGAAGUUUCUACUGUGUUUCUUGUGGGCAAGUUAAUGGUUUACUGAGAACCUGGAGAAAGCAAAUGCUGAUUGCCAAAGAGACCAGAAGAGUGGAUGUUCUGUGCCUACGAAUCUCUUUGAGUCACAAGAUUCUUUUAGGAACUGAGAAAUACCAAAAAUUGCUGAAAACAGUGGAGACUGCCUUACAGACCCUGAAAAAUGAAGUGGGACCUCCUGAACUGUUAUGUACAAAGAUGGCCCGCGGUAUUGUCAACAGGCUCUCAUGUGGUGUUGAGGUUCAGAAAUUGUGUGCUUCUGCAGUGGAUGCUUUUGAUUCCUUGAUUCUUACUGACCCUCACCCUCCUCACAUAGAAAAGAUGGAGCCAAUGCGAUGCAUGAUCCGGUUUGAAGAAUACUCUGCAACCUCCGUCAUCAUUGUACUGGAAUACAAGGAUCACCUGAUAAAAGACUUUGCAGGCUGCAGGCUGUGGCAUCGUAAGUCAAACACGAAGGAUUAUCCAGAACACCCUACUUUCAUUGUACUCAAGCCAGAGAAGAGAUUCUCGCUGACAGAUCUUGAUCCGUCUACUGAAUAUAUCUGCAAGGUUUCUCUGUUCAAAAGCACAGGAAUUUUUGGUGAUUGGGAAGCUAAAUGGAUCACACCUGCAUUAAGUGGAAGCUUUGUUGCAAAGUUAAAAGAAUAUAGAAAGGAAGAAAAUGCUACAAUAACUCAGAUCCAUCCCCAAGUGGAAUCAAUUAGUUCUUGCAAUACUACAUUAGCUGUAAAACGUCCACCUUCACUGGCCAAAAUCAAGAAGAACAAAGAUGACGGGCUGCCUCCUCUAUUGAUCACCAAACCAUUUUCUCCAUCCACACCUUGUAUAUAUGAUGGAAUGCGGAAAGUACCAGGCUUGGGUUGUGAAAGGAGGACGGAAGAGAGUGACUACGAAUAUUCAGUUAGGGUAGUGAAAUUGUUAGAGCAAGAAGGGCAUAUUAAUGAAUAUUUCAGAGUAAAGUUUCUCACUUGGUUUAGCCUUAAAGCAACAAGGCAAGAGAGGAGGGUGGUCAGUGUUUUCAUUGAUGCUCUUAUUGAUGACCCACCAAUCUUGGCCGAGCAACUCGUCCACACCUUCAAGGACGAGCUCUCUUGUGAGCAGAAACCAGUUCAUGGGAAUGGCUUCUGCACCAAGUUGUGCCGUUAAAGAGUCAGACAGAAGACUUUUGAAAGAAGAAAAAACAAACAUAUUACAGGUACUUUACGCAGAAAGUUUAAUGUGAAGCUCCUUAGAUUGUGUUUUCUCAAAACAGUAUUGGCAUGGCAGAUUGAUUAACUUAAGUUAACCGUUUUUGUUUGGUUGUCUCGUGGCCAAGUGCAUAAAUCUAAUUCACAAAUCUAAGAUCUUGAAUGAAA